AUCUUAUCUCUUUUGUCCUCCGAACUCGCCUGUCUGCCAUAAAGCUUGUGCGCUGUUCUUGCAACCUUGAGGUCAGACAGUUAACGCAGAAGGAGAGCUUCACUGCAUAUAUCUAGCUGGUUCUUAUAUUCUUUUCAAAGGUCAUUUCUCGUCGUCUAGCCAAUUCAACCACUCCAGAUUCAAACGCGCCUUAUCUGGCUUCUCCGGUGCCCACGCAGGCACAACCUCGGUCGACAUCAUGAGUGACGCUCUCUGUGGACCCUCGAACGCGCUUCAAAACUUUCAGAAACAUGCCUCGACCGAUCGGACCCUUCAGCAAGAUAGGUUGACUUCACGGCAGGCACCCUCUCAGGGGUUCCGGAAUCACAAUCCCAGCACAGGCAUCCUUGACCCCGAGUUCGCUGCUUUCGAGUCCAAUCUCGCGCCUGCACCACUUCGCGAUCUCCAACAUCCGACUCAUUUUGCCGCCCCCACGCCUCACUUCCCCCUCGCCGGUGACGCGGAAUCGCCGAAUUGGGCGACCGACUUUCAAAGACUGAACAUCGCGGGCCCAUCGGCAGUACACCAUCAACAACUUAACGUAUCGCAUGCGCCGCUCUCCUCCGCCUCCCAACAGGGUUGGCACACUGAAUUUCUUCAGCAUCAACAUCAACAACAGCCCACGAUGCAACAAGAUCACCCACUCGCUCACACCAAAGACUUUGAAUCCUCAUUCAGGCCCGGGGACAGAAGAAUGCACCUCAUGGGAUUUCAUCCCCGGCACGCGACACCCGCUCCCCAACUAUCCUCAGCAGCAGCACCACCACCAACCGCAACCUUCGACGAAUCCGCCUUCGAGGCCGCCUUCGCGCAGGCCAGCGCAGCGAUAGCAUCCCAAGAGACAGCGACCGAGACCGUCGCCGCAGAAGAAACAACCAUCACGCCCCAUCAAGACACCGCCGCCGACCUCACAACCGAACAACAGGCCCCGAUCGAGCAAAUCAAGAUCGGCUCCGACACCAUCCCGCCCACGGAAAAGAGCACCGACCCCCAAGCGCAAGCCCACGACGCCGACGCGCUCGCGCGCACGGCCGGCCAGCUCGUUGACAGUCUCAAGCACGACACCAGCCAGAAGUUCCGGGAGAGUAACUUCCUGGCGCUGAUGCGGCGCAUCCGGGAUCGCGAGGUGGAGAUCAAGGGGGAAGAAUUUCAAGAAACUUCGCAGACUCUCCAUCCCGGUGGGAGGUAUUAUCCGGAAGGCCAGCGGCGAGCGGAGAUGGCAGCUGGCGGUGGCAGUGGCAGUGGGCUUGGGGCUGGAACUACUGAUACCCUGUUUCAAAGCGCGUCGAACCUGUCCAGCCAACCUACUCCCGCGACGGAGAGUGUCGCGGUGGAGGGCUCAUUGGGGGAUGCCGGCCUGCUCUCGGACACCUGGAACCACGGCGACCGCUGGGCUUGAGCAGUCGGCCGCGCACUGCUUUGGACCUACGAGCUUCACCAUCCGACUCCCUUUUCCAUCCGACUCACAAAGAGGUGUGUCACCGGAGUAGGGAAUGUCGGGGCUUACUGAGGUCCUCAACACUUGGACUGUGUCCUAUUCGAAAACAUUGUGGUUGUCACUGUAAUCAUCGCAUCUUAAUGCAUACCAGCACAUCUAGACUCAUUGAUUUAUUUCCUCUUUCGGGGUUUGAUAUUGUCUUUCUUCCUGCCCGACAUUAGCCAGUGAUUCUUCAUUUGAACACUUUCCUUAGCACUCAUGCAGUUUCGAGAAAUGGGUAUUGGUAAAUAGAUCCUCUUGUCGUCGUAUAUAUAGUGCAGGCCAACAGUAUACUUGUAGGUGCCGAAGCAAUGCUCCAGGCCUUUAUUCUUCAAUUUUUAUGAUAGAACCCAUCGCCACG